GUUUGCUCAAGAUUCUCCACCUCAGACGUUUUAGUAAAAAACAAAAACGUAGAUUUUUGCUACCUGGCAAACAAUUUUAAUUUCAUAAUUAUGUUAUCUUUUACGUCUAAGAACCUUCAAAGAUUACUGAAUAUACUGAAUAUGUGUUUGAGCCAUUCAAUAUCCUUAAUGCGUAUCCGUAAGUUUAAGUUCCUAAUGUCACUAUGCUUUAUGAUGUUUACAUUAGUUACGUGCAGUACAACAAAAGUGAUUCCAAAUUUGCAUCCUUUUACUUUACAGUGAAAUAAACUGUCUAAUUCUAUGAAUUUAGUGCAAGAAAAGAGAAGAAAUGCUAAGUGAAUACAAAGAAACAUAUAUAUGCACAACAUUGAGAUUUAAUAAUGGUGUAGGUUAACAAAAUUAUGGUCAUCAGAACAAAUUAUUCAUCUGGUUAUAUUGUGGAAUAUAACGACGUAUGCUUUGACAGUUGGUUAUUAUUACCUGCAGAAAACUUGUGGCCGAAAUGGCUACGAGGUGUGUUGUAUACACUGGCUAUGCUUUAUAUAUUUCUUGGUAUUGCCAUUGCUGCUGAUGUCUUUAUGCUGAGUAUUGAGAUGAUUACCAGCAAAAAACGUAUCAUUUUUACAUUUGAUUACGAAAAGAAACAACGUAUUGAGCAAGAGGUUUUCAUAUGGAAUGAGACUGUUGCAAAUUUAACUCUAAUGGCUUUAGGAUCUUCAGCACCAGAAAUUUUAAUAGCAGUGAUUGAGACUGUGUCCACAUUAGACAGUCCUAAGUCAUCUAAUGGUUUAGGCAUUUUUACUAUUAUUGGAUCAGCUUCGUAUAAUUUGUUAGUCAUAACUGCUGUUUGCAUCAUAACUGUGCCAUCGAACACAACAAAACGUGUCAUGGAAUUUGGUGUGUUUGUCAUCACUUCUUUAUGGUCAAUGUUCGCAUAUGUGUGGUUAUUAAUUGUUUUAAAAUGGUCCUCUCCAAAUGAAGUAGAAAUUUGGGAAGCCGUCUUGACUCUUUUCUUUUUUCCUUUACUUGUGCUAACUGCUUGGGCACAAGACAAAGGUUGGUGGUGCCACAGACUGAAGAAUAAAAAGCAUAUGCUGGGACAUAACCAUCAUGCUUCUAAUUCUCAGGAUGGUAUCCACCACAGCCCACUUAAACAUAUAGUUGAUGUACAUCCUGUCGAUCAAAUGGAAAAGAAACCAGUUAUUAGACCAGUCGGUGAAACAUGUCCUGUUAGUCCAAAUAGAAAAGUUAGUGAAAUCAAGAUGAAACAAUUUACUGACAGUCGAUCAAAAAUAAGAGAUAUCGUGUCGUAUGUACGUCAAAGUAGUCCAGAGAAAAACGUUACAGCUCAUGAUGUCGUGCAAGGUUUGAAACAACAUUUUGAUUCGACAAUGUCAAGGGCAUUUGCAAGAGCAAGAUUCCGUCAUGCUGUUGUUGUUAGCAUCACUGGCCAGAGAAGAAUUGAUGAAUUUCCAAAACACAAUGAAAUCAUCUCUAAAGCAAUGAUCGGGAAAAACAACAACUCCUUGCACCUCUCUGAUUUAAAUGACACGAAGACUGGUUCAUUUUCGGGAUCGUUUUGUUUCUCAUCAGCAACAUAUUCAGUUUCACGAAAAUCUACUACGCUUCAAAUCGAUGUAUUAUUUAACCGUAGAACAAGAAGUCAAAAAAUUGGAUUCAGCCAUAUUGUGGAAGCUGCACAGAAGAUUAGUAUGCUUUCCACCCGAUGUCUAAGUCCACGUAAAAAAAAUUCGGUUUCUUAUCACGAAGAUAGUUGCGUCACGCCUUCACUGACCUCUAACACGGCACGUGAACGGACAUUUAGCAAUUUGCAUUCUGUAUCGCACACAACAGCAGAUCAAUCAGGCUUGCCAGAGGUGUCGGAAUCUGGCGAACUGUCUGGAAAUACGUACAAUGACAUUGAAAAUAACGUUAUAUUCUCUAAUCAACAUAGUAAAAAUAGUAACAAGGAUAAUAUAAACAAUAGUAAUUCUCUUGAUAGUCCACAGAAGAAACGUAUUUUAAGCCAACAAGAAAACGAACAUGUCACUCCUCGCCAUAUAAAGAUGUCACAGAUAUCUAGACACUUAAGCUUAGAAAAAAGAGGCGAUAUAUCAGAUCAUCGAGACAACGGUUUGUUGGGUUUGGCAAGCGUCGCUAUUGUUCGAUACGAGACAAGAGAAGGGCAUGCGAAAGCGCAGAAAGAUUUUGCACAUGCAGCUGGAACGUUAGUUUUUUCCGAAGAUGAGUACUGUAAAAGGAUUCACAUACCGAUCAUCAACAACAGUAAUGAUGAUGAAGACGCUACUAAAGAUUUUUACGUUGUUUUAAAAGAUCCGUGUCCUGAUACAGCACUUGGUGAUCCUACUGUUGCGCAUGUCUCCUUUAUGAAAGAUAACGAUCCUGGUGAGUUCAUAUUUCAAGAAGCUACGUAUCAUGUGGAAUAUACGUCAACCAACACUGCGACAGCCACUGCAAAAGUCGUACGUCUGCAUGGCUCUGACGGAAAUAUCACUGUCUACUAUAGAACGAUAAAUGGUACUGCGAUGGGUGGCGACAAUGCCGAUGUGGUAUUGAAGAAAUGUGACUUUGAACAUGUCGAUCAAGGUGUUUUGAAUUUUGCAUCUGGUGAAACUUCAAAAAAAAUUGUCAUCAAUGUCCAGUCUAAUGCUGAAAUGGGAAAGACUUUUAUAAUUGCGUUGUAUCACGUGACAGGAUCUGGUAAAAUUGGACAUAGAUGUGCAGCUAUCAUUUCGUUGACAUCAGAAGUGGACGAAAUUGUUGAUCAAGUCACUUCACUAGUGAGCAAGGAGACGGAGAGUACAUCGGUUAAGCAAGAAUGGAGACAACAAAUUCUUGAUGCUAUGUCCCUUGAUGGCUCUCCUUCUGGUGGUACGAUGUUUUUACAUUUCUUGUGUUUUCUAUGGAAAGUUUUGUUCUCUUUUAUCCCUCCACGUACUGUCUGGGGCGGCUGGGCGGCGUUUAUCGUUUCUUUACUCAUGCUUGGUCUUCUGGCUGCUUUCGUCGAACAGUUUGCAAAGCUACUUGGAUGCGUCAUCGGCUUAGAUGUCAGCAUCACUGGCAUUACGCUUGUUGCCUUGGGAACGAGUAUGCCCGACACAUUUGCCAGCAAGACAGCUGCUUUACAAGAUGAUUCAGCUGAUGCAGCGAUUGGUAAUAUAACAGGGAGUAACAGCGUCAAUGUCUUUCUUGGGCUUGGUUUGCCGUGGGUGUUAAAGUCGAUCUAUUUACGAACAAAAGGUUCGAAGUUAAUUUUAAACGAUGACAAUCUCAUGUUUUCUGCCGUGGUAUUCUUGUCGUGCGGGUCAAUCACGCUGGUUAUUUUAGUCGUUAGACGGAUGUUGUUUAAAGGAGAACUGGGUGGUGGCACUUGUUCGAAGUACACCAGCGGAUGUGUCAUGGUUUCGCUAUGGCUCCUCUUCGUCACUUUGUGUAGCCUGAAAGCAACUGGUACGAUAUCGGCUUUUUGAUUGCCAUGUGAGUUUAUAAAAACACUCAUCUGGAUUGUUGUUGAAGAAUCAUUAUGUCCGCCUUGCUACCGCGAAGUCGGAAUUACUUAUCUGCGAAAAAGUUAGAGCAUGUCGCUACAAAUCGAAUCUGAACACGUAAUCUGUGCACGUGUUUUAAGGCUGCUUAACGUGUUAAAACUGAACAAUUUCAUGAUUUCACAAGCUGCAUUCUUUUUCAAUUUGACCCCAUUUUUCUCAAGUGCGACCGGAAUUGAGGAUUGAUAGCUUUAACAAUAAGAAAAAUAUUUCUCUUGUUUUUUAAUAUCGUAAAAGCAAAAUCAAUUUGUCGGGUAUUUAUAAUUUUACAGCUUGGAAACGAGGUUGUUUGGCUGCAGAAUUUUCACCUUGCAUUGAUUGCAAGUGAUGUGCAGACACAAAUUAUACUACAGCACUACAAGAAUAAUAAAAAUGGUUAUCAGGCUUCCAACUAUUACGCUGAAGAAAAGAUAGGCUGAAGAAAGGGAAGCCAAAAACUGAAUAAAUUAUUUACUUGUAAAGUUUGCUGGAAAAUGUCUCAUCAAGAAAUUAACUGACUCUAUUA